AUGGCAGCAGCCGCGAAAAAGAAGGGGGGAGGAAAGGAGGGUCCAUCCAAGCACGAGCAAGACAAGGAGCGACUGACACUUGCACUGAAGUGGUCGUGGAGCUAUGAAGUGGACGAGAUGUUCAAAGAAUCCUUUGGGAUUGACGAUGACUGGACUCAACGCAUCUUUUUCGAAGCAGAGCCCAUGUCCCACGAGGAACUGGAGGCCCAUCCCGACCCGCUCCUGCUGCCUCCUCGUAUCGACAACGGAGCAGGCAAACCAUUCAGAGUGAACGUGCACACUGUAGGAGGAGAGACCGCGAGGAGAGCAGGAUACCUGAUAAUCUCUUCAAAGCGCCACCCCCUGAAGCUGCGCAAGGCAAAUAGGUUCGAGGAUGAAGGUGAGAGUUUGCACGGCACGAUGUCUUCAGUUGUUCUUGAUCAGAAAGCCACGAAACGAUCUCCUGCGAGCGUGUGGGCCGUGGAGAACGAAGAGAGCGACCCCGCGACAAUCUACGGGAAGAUCUUGUUUGCGUCUAAGAAGAGGAUGAACCCGUGUCAUGAGCACCUGUACAGGACAGAGAGCACCAAUCAAGACGAAGACGAGGAGACCAGACCAAAAGACGAAGAGCUGAAUCAAGUGUGCCCGAACCCUUCAGGCAAACUCCUUGACUUGUCGCUCGUGCCUCACAGUCCUUGUGCAUGUUACAGCUGGAAGCAUAUCCAGAACAGUCCUCUAGCAACCGAGAACACUGUUCAAGUAGUGGACAAGCUUCGCGACCAGAGCGAGAAAGCUGCGCAUGACGUGCUCCAGCAGGAGCUGUCUAGGAGAAAGGGGCAGGGGAAGACGAUCUUGAAGUCGUGGCUCAGAGCAGUAGAGAUGGCAGAGCUCAAGGCUGUGAACAUCUCCAACAGCAAAAUCCAAAGGUGGGGCUCAGAGUAUGACCAGAGAGUUCUCCCCAACGCCAAGUUCAAGACCUUCUCGAUGUUAGCAGAGGAGCUGCAACCGAUCUGGGCAGCUGAGGAGGAAGAAGUGCUGGUCACCAUCUACAACGCCAAGCCUGGGGACAAAGUGCGGAUCUCCAGUCUGUGCAGGUCGGAUGCCUAUCUUGCGCAGUACGUGGACAAAGAGGGGACUCUGCUGUCAAGAGAUGCUCAUUUCGACUGCUGGUGGGCCGACUUCGGGUCUGUCGAGAAGCGACAGAGGGGCAUAGCAAGAAAGGUUUCUGAGAACAAGUCAACGAGCGGGCAAGGGAAGAAGGUAGGAAUCGUUCAGCCCCCCCCGAGCACGACGGAGGCAAGACAAGGAGCUUUAUUCUGCGCUGGGUACAAGGAUGCCUUCUGGUUGUCGCAUGUCCAUCCCCCGGAAACCCAUGGGAAGUCCGUCGAUCGCAAGGACGAUCAGAUCAACAAGAAGCUGAUCCAUGAGCUCAACGUCGGCUCAAGAAUACGAAAACUGAGGCCCAACAAACUUCUUUCCAAGCUGCGAAGGCCGAGACCGCAGAGACAGUCCUUGUUCGAUACGUCUGCUGUUGACCCGCGCCAAGAGUUCCUUGACAGCUCAUACGAAUUCUUCUCUACCUUCACGGAUGCAGAUCAAGACGACGAAAACUUGCUGCGGGCGAUCCAGGAGCAGGAUAGCACGUCCAGAGAGACCAAACUCAGCCACAUCGUGAAGCUGCUUUCGAAGCGCUCGGAGAUGACCUCAGUCCUGCUGGACACGUUUGAUGACCUCGAUGACGAGCAAGAGUUUGAAGAUGCAUACCCAGGGGUGUGGAGAUAA